AACUCCCAGUAAGUCAAAACACCCUUGACAUGACAACAAACACAAGCACACACAAGCAUGUGCUGAUUUUACAGUAUCGUGGGUGAUUAUGCAAACAAUCUAAUUUGAUCAAAAUAAUGAACAACAAAAGGAGGAUACUCUUUGAAAUGUUGUUACAAGCGCUUUGUCUGCUCUGGAUAUGUUGCAAGGAUGUUUCUGACGCUCAUCUUUUACAAGAUGAUAUAUCCCUCCUAAAGGAAGAAGAGGACCCAAAAUGUUUCACAAGGACAGAAGAGGAUUUCACCUGCUUCUUUGAGACCGCAGACAAUGAGACUUGUGAUUUCUUAUACAACAUUGGAGAGAAGUCCAAGGUGAAAAGAUGUGAUUUGCUGACCCAGAGAACGACAAAAGGAAUGUUUCUCCACAUCUGCGCGUUUCCUUAUUUGGAUGUUGCCACAUAUGUUGAUAUAUACCUUCAAGUGGUGGAGCGGAAAAACAAGACCAGAAUUUACAGUCGCAUCGUCAGUGUGGAAGACCACAUUCUCCUGGAUGCCCCUUUCAAUGUGUCACUACACCAUAAUGAUAAAGCUGGAGAGCUGCGGGUUUCUUGCCUCACAAGUGUGCCGAAAUACUGGGAUGAUAAGCUACGAUACAGGAUUCGAUACACCUCCAAGGGGAGAGGAGAGCGAACAAAGGAGUGGACUGAUGACUGGGAUGACUCAGUGAUGUCUCUCAUACCUGGGGAAGAGGUCCAAGUUCAGGUUGCAGUCAAGUGUGCUAAUACUGAGAGUGCGGGGCACUGGAGCCGCUGGUCAGACGCUGUGAGGGAUGUGGCGCCACAAAGUGCAGACGACAUUUCACUAAUGUGCUUCAGCCCUAAUCUGCAAACGAUCACCUGUCAGUGGAAUAGCAGCAGAUACAGCCAACCAAAUAUUUGCAAACUUUUCAUUAAGCUGCAUCUCAGUGAAUAUUUGGGCUGGACUGAUUGGACAGAAUGUCUUCCUGACAAGAACUCGACUGACCAGUGCAGUUUUCAGGGAGAUGAGUCAGAAAAAGUCAGAGUGAAACUAACUAACGCUGCAGUUCCACUCACCAGGACAUUUUACACCCAAGAGUUCACACUGAAAAAUAUCAUUAAAACAUAUCCACCAGCUCAUCUGACAGUAUUACUGGAGAAACAUAAACUGUGCUUGAAGUGGAAAGCUCCUCUAAUGAGUUUGUCAUCCCACCUGCAAUAUGAAGUUGGCUGCCAAAUCAGAGAGACCAAAGCAUGGGUGUUGAUUUCCACCAAGGGUCCAGUAACUGCUACAUGUCUGGAGGUUCCACCGAAUAACCAGUACAGAGUGAAGGUUCGCGCUAAGCCUAAUGGAUCCAUUUAUUCUGGUCACUGGAGUGAAUGGUCAGAAGUUCUCACUGGGAAAACUCCUGCGGACAUUGACACUUUGCUUAUCACAUGCAUUCCUGUCAUGUUGCUGAUAACUGCUGUCAUCCUCCUCUCUUUGGGUUUUACUUACUUCCGCAAGCUCAAGCAAUAUUUAUGGCCACCAGUGCCGAACCUUGACAAAGUUCUUCGAGGCUUCCUGACUGAGAUCAACCUUCAGAAAUGGGAUCCUCCGGUUACUGCAAAGCCAAACUGUGAGGAAUCCACCUCUUCUCUAGUGGAAGUCAUGCCUCAGGAUGAGGUCUCAGGAUUGGGUAAGGUAUGCCAGGAAUCUGCACAGCUUCUGUCAUCACAGCAAGGCCACCACACCGGAGACCAGGAAAAGGGAAACCCUAGGAGAGAACUUAAAUUGUUUCCAGACUAUGUGACUCUGAGCAGAGAUAGUGUCAUUAAUUGUUCAACAGGAAAUAAAUAUGUCUGUGAGCAGUUUGGGGAGAUAAGAGGGCCGGGGGUGGAGGGGGAGCUUCUGUCAAAAACAUGUCACAGUUUCUGCAUGGACGAUUCUGUUUGCAUCCCCGAUUGCUUGGGCACUGACUUCCUAAACCAGUCCUACUUGGCGCUCUCCGAACAUGCAUUCAGAGUCCAUGACAAGGACACUGGCCAAAGGGGAACUAGAAACCUCUACACAAAUGUACCCUGGAGCUAAAUGUAUUGCCAGAAGCAUAUUGCCGCUGUUUUGGACCUUUUUUUUUUUCGUACACACAGUGUUCCUCCUUCACCUUUUCCACAUUCCAUGUUGCAGGCAAAUUCUACCAGCGAUCAAAUUAUCUUCCACUAACUUCUACACACAUUGUACAAAGUGUACACACAUAUUUUUUAAAGUGUAUUAGUCAUUAAUAUUUUGUUGAAUGCACUUUUGCAGAAAUUGGAACUUUCAAAGUCAUGGUCAUGCCAUACUUAUGCAUUGACUUAACAGCUGUACAUCUUCAAUUCUGUUUGACAAAUGAUAGGGGACUCUUGUUUUAAAUUUACAGUGAGAUUUUUAAUUGAAUACAUUUAUCAAUAUGGUUAUAACCUAAAGUUUGCAAAAGUGAAAAGGGAGAAUGCUUACACUAUAUGCAAGGCACAGAUCAUUCUAUCCAUUUGUUCCUAAUCAGUAACUAAUAUAAGUAAUGUGUUUUCAAAAGGAUUGAUUAUAGAUUACCAAAUGGCAGGAAUGCAAGCAUAUUAUAUAUUUGUAUGUAUACAGGAUUGUGAUCUUUUAAUAAACUGCUCAAAAAAACAAAGCCAUCCAUCCAUUUUAUGUAUCUGCAUGCAGGUCGCGGGUGUGCGGGAGCCUAUCCCAGCUAUUUUUGGGCAAGCGCCAGGGUACAUCCUCAAUAGGUCGCCGGCCGAUUGCAGGGCACAUAGAAACAAACUCAUAUUCAGACCUACGGCCAAUUUAGAGUCAACCUACUAUGCGUGUUUUUGGGAUGUGGGAGGAAGUACCCACGCAGGCACAGAGAGAACAUGCAAACUCCACAUAGGCGGGGCCAAGAUUUUAACGUAGGUCCUCAGAACUAUGUGGCAGAUGUUCUAACUAGGCAAUCCACCGUUGCGCCAAAAUAAAAACAUUUAAGAGAGACAUUGGUAAAACUCAGAUGAUUCUGUUCCAACAUCUGAGGAAAUUCCUCAUGACAAUCCAUAAUGAGGCUCAGUCGUUUGUGGCAUCCGUGUGCCUGUAAGUGUACCCUGUAAUGUCUGGCCAUGCUCCUGAUGAGCCAAGGUACAUUCUCCUGAGGGAUCCUCUCCCAAACCUGGAUCAGGGAAUUGGUGAAGUUCUGGACAGUGUGCCAGAUUAUGUCCCACAGGUGUUCAAUUGGAUUCAGGUCUGGUAAAUAGGUAGGCCAAUCCAUGGCAUCAAUGCAGGCUGACACACUCUCAGUUGUGGCUAAGCAAUGUCAAGAGAAAGUUAUGUUCCGUUGUACCAGCACAUGGUAUGACCAUGGUACCUAACGGCAGUCUGGGUCCCUCUGGCUAGAGCAUACAGCGGUGGUUUGUCCCCCCCCUAGAAUACUGCCAAAGUAUUCAUGAUGGAUGUACUUUGUGUGAACAUGCUCUCAUCCGUGAAGAGUGGGGGCAUUAUUGGUGAAUCUGCACGUCCUGUUGUACCUGGACUGUACAGUAUUAGAAAGAGGGUGCAGGCCCCACUCGCAGACAUCGGGCCCUCACACUUGUAACCACCUACUUUCACAGUCUGCUUCUGGCUUGUUGAGUAGAAGCAUUGCUGUUAGUGGCUUGCUGCAAGUCAUUUUCUAGGGCUUGGCUCCUGUUCCACUCAGAGAAGCACAUAUACCAUUCUUGUUGUUGUCUUGUUGGUUGUUGUCUUUCCGUGGUCCCCUCCAUAUCUCAACAGCAGGUGAAAUUUAUUCCCAGUCAUUGUUGCUUCAUAAAUUUGAUAUCCCAGAAGUGUGACUGAUAAGGAGUCACAUUAGUUUUUUUUUUGUUUGUUUAUUUCUAAUGAGCAUUGUAUAUCGUGUAGUGUAAAGUAUUUUCUCUAAACCCAGGUUAACGUCCAGUGUUGCGACGUUCUGUGGCCACCAGGAGGAGCAAGAUGCUUAGUUGCAAAACAGCCGUGUAUGUCGAUGAACGCCUCUGGGAAAAGAAAUACUGGCUACACAAUAUUAGGUUUUUUUCUGUUUAGUAAAUAUAAAUCGUGGUAUAAAUCGUGGUUCGAGCAGUUUAUUAAGGGCAAAAUAUACAAAUCCCAAUGCCGUGUUGUUGUUGGUUUAAAAAUGCAUCUUUUUUUUUUUUUUUUUUUUUUGGCCACUGAUGUUGUGUUGUGUGUAGUUGUGUAAGAAUUAUGUACUUUUAUUUUUUAAAUAUUUAAGUUGACACAAAAAAAUGGAUGGACAAAAUUUAAUGUGCAGGUCAUCCAUUUGUCAUAUGAAAAACGUCUUUGUAACUAGUGAAUAAAAAUGUACUCGGAAAUAUUGUGGUUUAUUUGUCACUAACAUCUCCGUUGUGCGUAUAGUAAAAUUGUAAUUUCUUGUCUGUUCCAUUGAUGACGUCAGAUUUUGGGUUUGAGAUUAGAAUUUCUUGGGUUUAAAAAACAGCAGGCAGCACAGUGGUGCAGAAGGAAAGCGUUGGCCUCACAGUUCUGAGGACCCGGGUUCAAUGCCAGCCUU